ACUAUUCAAGACCCAUGUUCUCUCUCUCAAUAUAUCUAUCUAUAUCUCUCUCUAUGUAUGUAUGUACUGUUCGAGACCCAUGUUUUUUUUGGGGGAGGUUUUUUACCAUCCAUUUGAAUUUUGCUCACAUGGGUUUUCUUUGAAACAUCAAAAUAAGAAGAAAAAAAUGUUUGUUUUUGAAAUUUUUAACUGGUUUGAACUUUGAAAUGGUGGUUUGAUGGUGUUUUUAUGCCCAGACUGUCGGUGUGGGGUCAUUGUCCGUCUGUCGGCAUUGUCGGUAUUCGAAACGAUGAUACAGAGAAGCGGACUCGAUUUAAUUAAUCCAAAUACAGUACAGAUUCUCCUGGCCUAAGGUGAGUGUUGGUUGUAUUGGGAUCCGAGAGCAGUUGGAGGGUCUUACUUUUUUGAAAGCCGGCGAGUUGGGAUUGUUUUCGAUUGGGAGAUCAUGAAUCGGAUUCGUUUAGGAGCAGGUGGAACUGUUCUCUAGAUGCCAUGGGGCGGCAUCUGGGUAUUCGUUGAUUUCUUUUCUAUUGAUGUGGGAGGUUUUGUUGGGGUCCAAUGAGGAAGAAUGCAUGUGAAUUUUGAUUAGGACAACACAUGCACGAAUGGGAAUUUUGAUUGAAUUGAUAUGAAGUGAAGCUUGUUCAAAUCAAGCUGUGCUCUUCAAAUACUCAAGAAGCAUUUGGUGGAUCGGUUCACUGUCUUUACAGGAACUUUCCAGAUUAGUUUCGAUGGGAAUUGGGUGGAACCGUCUUUAGGUAUCUCAUUUUUUUCAAUUGGUUGUCGGUUUGUUUGGAUCUGCCAAGGAGGAUUCUUGAUGUGAAUGUGGGUGAUUUUUUGUAUCGGCAAUGUGGGUGUGUGGAGAAUGUGAUUGAAUCAAUCAAUGUUGGCGAAUGAAGCGAAGCAUUGUUGAGAUUGUGCUGCGAUCUUUUUGCGGGAAAAGGUUGCAGCUUCGAUGUUUAGGAAUAUAUAUUUCCAGGCUCCUGUUCUGCAUCAUUGAAGUGUGGCACGUACCAAAUGACAACAUCUCUUGCAGUGAUACUUGGAGGCGCUGCAGGAGCUGUUGGAUUGGUGGCACUACUUGUAUUCCUAUGGUUCUGCCUACUACAUAAGAGGAGUGUUUCAAGAACUUCUGAGACAGGUUCUUCAGAUCCAUCACUUCAAGCGGAACAAGGCAUUGAAUUGUCUCUUCUGAGAGGUGGCCCUCACCCAUCCGACUCACGAGAGGCGAGGCGUUUUAUGUUGGAUGAGUUAAACCUGGCUACAAAGAAUUUCAGCGAUAUCAAUCUGAUCGGGCAAGGAAAAUUUGGAGAAGUGUACAAGGGUUUGCUUAAUGAUGGGAUGAUUGUGGCCAUCAAAAGGCGGCCUGGUGCACCUAAUCAGGAACUUAUCGAAGAGGUACGCUACUUGUCAUCCAUCAGGCAUCGAAAUAUUGUGAUUCUUUUGGGAUAUUGCCAGGAAAACAACCAGCAAAUGCUUGUUUAUGAGUACAUACCUAAUGGCAGUGUUUCCAGUCACUUAUAUGGUGCAGCUCAGAUCUCCAAUGAACUGCUAGAAUUCAAGAAUAGGCUUUCAGUAGCUCUGGGAGCAGCUAAAGGUUUGGAACACCUGCAUGCUCUGAAUCCUCCAUUGUUGCACAAGGAUUUCAACACGAGAAAUGUACUCGUAGAUGAAAACUUCGUAGCUAAGGUGGCCGAUGCAGGGCUCACAAAUUUACUUGGUAGAAUUGAUGCUGCAGGCCCAUCUUCUCGAAUCGUGGCCGAUGAUGUUUUCCUAGAUCCAGAGUUCAUAGAGUUUGGAAGAUUCUCUAACAAGAGCAAUGUAUAUAGUUUCGGAGUGUUCCUUCUGGAGCUAGUAAGUGGGCAGGAAGCUUUAAAAUCACGAUUUUCCGAAUCCAAUCAAAGCAUGGUGGAAUGGGUGCAAAACUAUCAGGACACCAGCGACAUUGCUGCCAUCAUAGAUCCUAGAUUGAGCACCAGCUUCACAGACGAAAGCAUGAAAGAGUUGAUAUGGCUGAUGGCCCACUGUGUGAAUCCAUCUAGUGAGAGACGGCCUGCAAUGAACUACGUGGUGUCAGAGCUCGAUCGGAUUCUUGAGAAAGAAAUGAACUUGACUAUGAUUAUGGGCGAAGGCACUCCAAUCGUCACCCUUGGAAGCCAGCUAUUUACAGCAUCAAGAUGAGAGAGAGAGAGAGAGAGAGAGAUUUUAUAUUCUGGCAAUGUGUUGUUCAUAUGCAUGCAAUCAGCAACUGUAUUCAUGGCAUAUAUGUAGCUGAAAUUAAACUGUCCAAUCCACGGGCCUUUCACCAGAUGACCAAAAGUUGCACUGAAUAUCUAACGUGGUAAAAAUGGAAAUAUUAAUCGUCUAGAUACAGCCAGCAAAUAUCCAUCAAUAAGAUGUGUUACAAAUUGGACAGACGGUCAAUCAAUCUGAAUUCGGGCCAUGACCCAUCUAUGGUGGGUCCUACAAUUUGGACAGUUUAGUCCGCUACGUGCAUGCCACAUGUACAAUCACUGGAUGCAUGUGUAUGGGCCAUCACACUCUGACACACAAUGAAAUAACUCCCCAGAGAAUAAAGCUUGGUUUGUUAGGGUCUUUGUGCAUGAUUUUUUUUUCUUUCAAUUACUUAGAAAAGAGGGAUCAGCUGCUCAGUAAGUGUGUAUAAAAGACCAGCUGCAGUGUUUUUUAUUAUUAUUUAUUUUUUCAUUUCUCAUGAUGUAUGCGAAAACAUGUUGGUUAUACCACUAUCUAUUUGUUGAAUAUCAUUAGAAA